AUGUCGUCGAUACUUGGAAAUGACAUGAUGGCUAUCGUGGAACCUCUAGUGUCUAAAAUGGAAAGAAGACAGCUAAAAGGGGACAAAGACACGGCUUUGGAAGUGGCUCACUUGUUGAUGAGAGUGAUUUCCGCCGCUAGAUGGACCAAUCCAUACGACUUGAUAGACCUCAUAAGGAAAGUGGGUAUUACGUUACACAAAGCCAGACCACGCGAUGUUAUUCCAGGGAAUAUCGUAAGAAGAGUGUUGGCGUUGAUUAGAGAUGAGAUUGAGACGGAAAAUGCCUCAGAUAACACCCCCAUGAUGAGUUCCAUGUUCAGCUUAUUCUCGACUCAAAGCAAUACAAAAAAGACACAACAAACGCACAGCAAGAAACAGAGCAGCGAUAUGCGUUCCAUUAUCAUCCAGGGCAUAAGAGACUUGCUUGACGAAAUUUCGAAUGUGAAAGAGGAGCUCGAAAACAUGGCAACGGACCUUAUUCACGAAAAUGAGGUCUUGUUAACUGCUACGCCAACUUCAGAUACCGUAUUGCAGUUCUUGAUCAAGGCUGGUGCAAAGAGAAAGUUCACUGUUCUAGUCACCGAAAGUUAUCCUAAUGAUAUCGAAGAAGCACACAAAUUCGUCAAGACAUUGGCGAAACACAACAUCGAGUGCAUUCUCAUUCCAGACAGCACUGUUUUUGCCGUUAUGUCGAGAGUGGGUAAAGUGUUAAUCGGCGCGGGAGCAGUUUAUGCUAAUGGUGGUUGUUUGUCGAACGCUGGAGUGGCUAAUGUGGUGGAGUGUGCCAAGGAACACAAGACGCCAGUCUUUGGAGUUGCUGGGUUAUUCAAAUUGUCGCCAUUAUACCCUUUCAACAGAGAUGACUUGAUUGAAGUGGGCAAUUCAGGAAAGGUGUUGAACUACGACAAUUUUGAUUUUGUUGACAAUGUUGAUGUGGUGACUAAUCCUUUAGAUGACUACAUUCCACCAGAGCACAUUGAUAUUUACAUUACUAACGUCGGUGGAUUUGCGCCAUCCUUCAUCUACAGAAUUGUGUUGGAUAACUACAAGGUCGAAGACAAUAGCUUAGAGUAA